UCAUCAGCUGAGCCCAAGCGUCGUAGACACAAUAGCAGACGCGUUAUUCAUUAAGUAACGACGCGCACAGAUAGGUUGGAACGAAAGAGCAGUUCUCUUCCAUAAAGCGACGUACGCGAUAUGGUAGAUUUAAAGACAAACGUGAGUUUCGCGUGCCAACGAUGUUUGCAGCCGCUACGACUAGAUUCGAGUUUCGAUCAUCUCGGAGAACAUACUCUGGCCGAACUCUCACUUCCUAUACAACAACAAGUUGUUGGAGAAUUAGAACCUCAGAGUGAUAGUAUAGAACACUUAGUUCCACCAUUUAGGUUGACUGAAUCAGGAAAUGGUACAAAUGGAUUUAUGUUAGUUGGUGAUUCUGGUGAAACAGAAAGCUUAAGUCAUCAUUUAAAGGUCCGAGCAACAUUAUUUGAUAUUCUUAGCAGUAGUAGUUCGGCAGAUCAUCCACUUUGUGAUGAAUGUACAGAUAGUCUUCUGUUACUAAUGGAUCAGCAAUUACGAAUGACAGAAGGGGAAUGGUCAGAUUAUAAUGAAUACCUGAAGAAACUCGAAAUUGAACAACAAUAUCAAGGACACGAAGAUGUGGAGAUGGAAAACCUGACAAAAGAAUUGCAAGAUGUUAAGGCUGAAGAAGAAAGAAUGAUAAGAGAAUUAGAAGCGUUGAGGAAGGAAGAAAUAGCUACGAGGAAUGCUAUAGCGGAACAAGAGAGAGAAAGGGAGAGAUUGCAAAGCGAAGAGGACAGGUAUUGGAAAGAGUAUUCAAAGCACAGAAGAGACCUCAUGUUAGCUGAUGAUGAAUGUCGCAGUCUGGAUAAUCAACUGGCGUAUGCAGCUUCACAACUCGAGAGAUUAAAGAAAACGAAUGUUUUUAAUGCCACAUUUCAUAUCUGGCAUUCAGGCCAUUUUGGAACAAUAAAUUCAUUUCGAUUGGGACGAUUGCCGAGCGCGCCAGUAGAUUGGAGUGAGAUAAAUGCUGCAUGGGGACAAACAACUCUUUUACUAGUGGCUCUCGCGCGCAAAAUGAAUUUAACAUUUAAGCGUUUUCGUUUAGUACCAUUUGGCAAUCACAGUUAUAUCGAGGCUUUGGAUCAAAACAAAGAGCUUCCAUUAUAUGGGAGUGGAGGAUUUAAAUUUUUAUGGGACACAAAAUUUGAUGCAGCUAUGGUGGCAUUUUUGGAUUGUUUACAACAAUUUAAAGAACAAGUAGAAAAAGGAGAUAGUGAAUUUUGUCUACCAUAUAGGAUGGAUCGAGGCAAAAUUGAAGAUUCUGCUACGGGCAACUCCUAUUCCAUAAAAAUACAGUUCAAUUCGGAAGAACAAUGGACCAAGGCCUUAAAGUUCCUACUAACAAAUUUAAAAUGGGGUCUUGCAUGGGUUAGUUCUCAAUUCACAAAGGACGAAUUGAAUACUAAUUGAAUAUCAGUCCCCUUGUAAUUUUAUGUACUUUAAUUGUGCAACUAUGCUCUAUUUGUAAAUAAAUACGAUUGACCGAUAG